CCACUUGGCUUAGCUAAGGGUCUCUUGGGAAGGCUCACCCUGGGAAGGUCCCUGGUACCAGACGCCGCGCCUCCACUGGGACACUAGACGUAUUGAAGGAUAAGCAACGCCAGUUGAGCUGCUUGAUAUCGACCAAUUACCAAAACCUGAUAUUUCCAUCUCAUCUCAUCCCCUCAGCUCACCUUUUCCUCUUUGAGAGUUGUCGACGGGAGCCUCAUCGAUCAUUGAUGUGAUGUACAUGCGCUCCGCUCACCAGAGCUAGCCCAGCACUACCCACCCCCGCUAUUCCAAAACCCACCCUACUAUAAGCAAGUCGUCACACAGCUAAUGAUUCUGCCCUGUCCACCCUCACCAUCACCACGUCUCGCCUCGUUUUCCGCGCGCUUUUGGUGCGCCCGUCGCCUAGAAGCAGUGCAGGCCGACGAUACAUCCUGCGGGCCAUGAUGGCCACCAACAGCAGCCGCCACGGAAACCCGUCGGCUCUGGGAAGGGCCCCAACGACGGCUCUCCUCGCCCGUUGGCCGCCGAGACCAAACAGGAGAUCCCCUCGACCGGAAACCCCAGCACCCAUGCCGCCGGCCAGGAUGCUGGCGCCGCCCCGGCCCUGGCCAAGGUGAAGACGGCCAAAGAGUUGGAGAAGGAGCGGGAGAAGGCCGAGAAGCAGGCCGAGAAGCAGGCCAAGUUCAACCAGAAGAAGGCUGCCGCCGCAGAGGCCGUCCCCGCCGGCGGCUCCACGGAAAAAGUCAAAGAGAAUAAGAAGGCCAAGUCCAAGGCCGAGGAGCCGACCCUCCCGCCCUACGAGAACGACACCCUGGCCGGCGAGAAGAAGCGCAUUCGUCCCUUUACCGACCCGCACUACACGGCCUACAACCCCAUCGCUGUCGAGUCGGGUUGGUACGAGUGGUGGGAGAAGGAGGGCCUUUUCAAGCCCGAGUUCACCCAGGACGCCAAGGUCAAGGACGAGGGCUCCUUCGUUAUUGUUCACCCCCCGCCAAAUGUGACCGGAUCCCUGCACAUGGGGCACGCCCUCGGAGACAGCUUGCAGGAUUUAAUGAUCCGGUGGAACAGGAUGCGCGGCAAGACCACGCUCUGGCUGCCGGGAUGCGACCACGCCAGCAUUGCCACGCAGUCCGUCGUGGAGAACAUGCUGUGGAGGAGGGAACAAAAGACUCGACACGACCUGGGUCGUACCAAGUUCAUUGAAACUGCCUGGGCUUGGAAGGAGGAGUACCACCAGAAGAUUAACAACGCGCUUCGCAAAAUGGGCGGGAGCUUCGACUGGUCCAGGGAGGCCUUCACCAUGGAUGCGAAUCUUACCGCCGGCGUUAUCGAGACCUUUGUUAAGCUGCACAAUGAGGGCAUCAUUUAUCGGGCUAAUAGGCUCGUUAACUGGUGCCCCAAGCUCAGUACGGCCCUAUUUAACCUUGAGGUCAUCAACAAGGAGAUUUCGGGCAGGACGCUCCUGGAUGUUCCUGGCUACUCCAAAAAGGUCGAGUUCGGCGUCCUUAUCUACUUCAAAUACCCGCUUGAAGGCUCGGACGAGCACAUUACCGUCGCCACUACGCGCAUAGAGGCCAUGCUCGGAGAUACUGGAAUCGCCGUGCACCCCGACGACGAGCGCUACAAGCACCUGGUCGGCAAGCAUGCCGUGCACCCCUUUAUCGAGGGUCGCAAGCUGCCCAUUCUUGCCGAUAAGUCGGUGGAAAUGGAGUUUGGUACCGGUGCCGUCAAGCUAACGCCGGCCCACGACCCCACCGAUUUUGCCAUGGGUCAGAUUUACAAGCUUGGGUUUAUCAAUAUCCUAACCGACGACGGCCUGAUGAACGAGAACGCGGGUCCUUACCAGGGCCAAAAGCGGUUUGACGUCCGCUACGCGAUCCAGGACGACCUAAAGAAGGCAGGGCUCUACGUUGACAAAAAGGACAACCCUAUGACCCUGCCUAUCUGCGUAAGGAGCAAGGACGUUAUCGAACCCUUACUAAAGCCGCAGUGGUGGGUGCGUAUGAAGGAAAUGGCUGCCGACGCUGUCGAGGCCGUCAAAGAUGGCAGGAUCAAGAUCAAGCCGCAAUCAUCCGAGAAAAGCUUCUACCACUGGAUGGGGUCCAUCAACGACUGGUGCAUAUCCCGUCAGCUUUGGUGGGGUCACCAGUGUCCUGUUUACUUUGCCGAGGUUGAGGGCGCCGAGGACGGCGGCGACCGGGGCGACAACAGCCUUUGGUUUGCAGGUCGCACCCAAGAAGAAGCCGAGGAAAAGGCCAAAAAGGCGCUUGGCGGCGACAAGAAGUUCAAGCUUGUCCGUGACGAGGACGUGCUCGACACGUGGUUCAGUGCCGGUCUGUGGCCUUUCUCCACGCUCGGGUGGCCCAACACGUCGGCCGAUGAUUUGCAGCGCCUGUAUCCAACCAGCCUUCUCGAAACGGGCUGGGAUAUUCUCUUCUUUUGGAUCGCUCGCAUGGCUAUGCUCGGCAUCAAAAUGACGGGCCAGGUCCCCUUCAACGAGGUGUACUGCCACUCUCUCGUCCGAGACAACGAGGGAAGGAAGAUGUCCAAGUCCUUGGGCAAUGUUAUUGAUCCUCUCGAUGUCAUCGCCGGCAUCAAGCUGGAAGAUUUGCAUGCCAAGCUGCUUACCGGUAACCUCAACCCGAACGAAAUCGAAAAGGCCACAAAGUACCAAAAGCAGGCCUUUCCCGCAGGCAUCCCCGAGUGCGGUGCUGAUGCAUUGAGGUUCUGCAUGAUUAAUUAUACCACCGGCGGCGGCGAUAUCAAUUUUGAUAUCAAGGUGAUGCACGCGUCCCGUCGCUUCUGCAACAAGAUUUGGCAGGCCUCCAAGUACGUACUUGGCAAGCUUGACCCCGAACUUGUGCUUCGCGAAAAGAGGACGCUAGGGGGCAAGGAGUUGUUGGCCGAGCUUUGGAUCCUCCACAAGAUGAACCAGGCAACGAAGGGUAUCAACGAGGCCUUUGCCGAGCGCGAGUUUAUGAAAUCCAGCCAGCUCGUUUACGCUUACUGGUACGCACAGCUAUGCGACGUCUUUAUCGAGAACUCCAAAUCGCUGCUGCAGGACGGGUCGGCGGAGGAGCAGGAGUCGGUCAUGCAAACUCUUUACACUACUCUCGAAGCCGCCCUUCUCUUGAUCCACCCCUUCAUGCCCUUUGUCACCGAGGAGCUCUGGCAGCGUUUGUCCCGGCGCAAGGGAGACACCACCAGGUCCAUCGUCAUCGCCAGCUACCCGCAGUACGACGAGGCGCUGGAAAAUCCCUCGGCCGAAACCGCCUACGAGCUGGUGCUCGACUGCUCCAAAGGCAUCCGAUCCCUUAUGGCCGAAUAUGCCCUCAAGGAUAAGGCACAAGUCUUUAUCCAGGCGUACAACGAGACCUCGCUCAAAACGGCCCAAGAAGAGCUUCAGUCCAUCAAGUCGCUCUCGGGCAAAGGAGUAACCUCAGUCGAGGUGAUCAAGGGCGAAGCGGGCCGGCCGGCCGGCUGCGUCGUCUUCCCCGUCUCGGCCGGCGUGGCCGUGUUCCUGCACGUCAAGGGCCGCGUCGACAUCGAUACCGAAAUCGCCAAGGCGACCAAGAAGCUGGAGAAGACGGGAGCUCAGGUUGAGCGCCAGCGCAAGCUGGUCAGUGAUCCCAUGUACAUGGAGAAAGUCGCGGCCGAGCUGCAAAAGUCGGACUGGAAAAAGCUCGUCGACCUCGAGAGCGAGGCGGAUGGGUUCAAAGCCACCAUCAAGCAGUUUGAGAAGCUGAAGCUCGAGUGAGGCAGGCAGAAAGACGGUCUUGGACUGAAGGAGGUAGGAUGAUACUUGGGGUGCGGGUUAUGUCGGUCGGGAUACAUUACAGGGAAAAAAGGAUUGCCCAAGGCGUUUCGAAUACCGUUUUCUUCUUCUCGGUCAACUACGACUCCAUUGUGGAGCCUUUGCCGUCGUGUAUCACAGCCGAGAAUCCGGCAGGUUAUCUACGCGUGGCGGCGGGAGAGUACGUGAUACCCAUACAGGCUUCUUUCUUACACAACCUCAAUCGCCUCCACCAUCUCUCUCAGCUCCCCCACCGUGGGCCUUGGCUCGGGCAACUCCUGCAUGCACGCCUCCACCACUUGGCGCAGCGGCUCCGGGACGGGCCACUCUACCUGUGGGGUGAUGGGCGCGUUCGCAUACACCAUUCCCUUGAUACACACGCCCACAUCAUACACAUCGGAUUUCUCACUCCACCCCGAAUCCUCCAGGCUCCCCUCCCACGCGACCUCGGGCGCGACCCUCUGCCCCCAUCGCCCCUCCAGGUCACACACCACCAGCGUCUCCCCGCCCUCCCCAAAGAGCAGGUUGUCGACGCGCAGGUCGCGGUGCACGAUGCCCGCGGCGUGCAUCGUGGCCAAGGCGUCGAGCAGGUGCAGCAGCCAGCGCUUGUACGUGGCCAGGGUCGAAAAGCGCCCAAGAACAAGGCCACGGGUGGCGAGCUUUUCGAACACGAGGUCGCCAGUUGCGGAAGCGCCGAGGAGGUGAACAAGGUGCGGGGAGCAGCGGGUGCCGGGGCAUGAGCCGCCUUGGAGGCGGAGGAGGUUGAUGAUUUCGGAGCGGUAUUUUGGUUUUUUUACAAAAUGCUUGUUGAGAGUGUCGACGUCGUCAAUUACAGGAAGCAGGCUGAUCAGGUCGGUAGUGUCUUCCGAGUCGUCUUCAAGAGGGUCGGGGGGGUUGGGACAGAUUUCCAGGGGCCGGAUGAUAUCGCCCUCGAUUUCGAAAUGGCCGGGCAGGGAAGGAAGGUCGCGGUCGAGGCGGAGGAUAUUGCCGGAAAGGGUGCCAGGGAGGUCAAAGAGCCGAACGUAGCGGCCGAGCGGGGUACCGUCUUGGUACCAAAUGCUCAUGGUUGGUGUUUUGCCGUGGGUGAGUUGCAUGUCGAGAACGGGUUGGCCCGCGGGAGGGAAGAGAUUGGAUGCCUGGCGCCGGCGUUGGUACUCGACGCGAAGGCGAAGGACAUUUUGGCUAAAGGCUCCGUCAGUGUCUGAGAGCAUGAUGAAUGUUUUGGGAUCGAGGGACGUCGGCGUGUGGUCCUUGUAGCGAUGUGUCGCUGAAUGUGGGUGCUAGAUAUGGAAUGGAUAUGCCAGGCUUGUGGGUCAGGUGACUCGCUCGCCUUGUCGCGCAGAGUUGUGGGAAAGGGAGGAUUUUUAAAACGGUGCACACCUUUUCCAUGGCCCGGGGCCCUUGUGGAAAGAUGGCCAGCCAUAGCAGCCGGAGCAUACGGCCCAGGCGGCAAUGGGUGUUGCACCUGGGAAUUGUUUUCGAACAUGGCGACGGAAAUGUGACGCCUCAAUAGCCUCGGGCACGCGGGGUGCUGCCGACGGGACCGGUCACGGGAUAUUGAAGCAUUCUAUUCGUCUAGAUUUCGAGAUUUCGUACUAGCUACUGCAGGAACGGACAAAGCCCGCAGGAAUGGAGCGUCACCACGUGGACAAGCACGUCCUCGAGUGCAGCACCCAUCGCAUCCUUGCCCCACAAGGUCUUUCCACGCGAACGCUCCUGCACACCGCCAAGUUACAUACAAAUUCUUAACAGCCGCCAAUUGAGCAAUCCAAUCCAACUCCCACGCCCGCCCACGGCGCUGGCGACGGCACCAUGCCGCCGCCGCCGCCCCUAGCCGGUAGAGUGGCGUACGCCAUCCUCCGUGGCCCGGAGGCCCGGAGGCGCGCGUCGCUGCCGCACCGGCCCCCGCGCAGUUCUGCGCAGUCACAAGCAAACACGCCGUCCCCGCUGCGACACGAGCAACAUCUGACAGGGCCCGAACAGGGCCAGGAAGGCCUCCCCGGCGUCGGCAUUAACACAGGCGCGUCUUUCCGUAUCCUAGAUGCCUCUGGUGCAAAAAGCAUCGGCGUACCUAAGCGUUGCCGCAUUUGUGUCGAGGACCGUCCUGUCCCCUGAACCAUGGAGCGCAAAACAAUAGCGCAUGAACAAGCCAACCAUGCGCGCAAUACGGAUGGCCGCCAUCGCCUCCUCCCCGACCCCUCCAACGCUCGCCUUGAAGACCCGCCAGAACUCGUCUCGGAGCUCCUGGGCAUUGCCGUGAUAGUGCCACCCUGUGCCGUCCAUAUAGCCGAGAAUGUUCUCCAGCCCCCACAGCGACAUGCCGAACGGCAGCAUCUCGGCGUCUGCCCAGUCGAUAAUGGCCGUGAUAGCGCCGGUGUCGUCGACGAGGAUAUUUGUCUCGUUCAGGUCGACGUGGGUAAUAACCCAUGGAAGGCUGAAUAACCGCGUGAAACUGUCGCGGACCUGGUUCAGCGUUAUUGAGAAACGGUCGGGGAAAGCCUUGUCAAGGCGGUCAAGAUCAAGUUCCAGCUUCUGGUGCACGCCGUCGGCCACAGCGGGGCUGACCUUUUGCGGCGCGUUCCAUGAGUCUGCGAAAAAUCUGCCCCCGUAUCAUAUUCAGCGGUCCGGACUAACUACAAACACGCCCGGGGACAGCAUUUCCCCGACUCUUACCUGGCGAGAUCGCGCACCGUCCUGUGCUGCCGGGCGUCAAAUCUGGCCUUGUCUUCCGUUCCCUCGGGCGAAAUGUUUCUAGAGUAGAGGUAGCACUCCCCGGCGGCUUUAUCCAUGACAUAAAUGUCGAGGGGAAGCUGUCCGCCCGCUUGUCCAUGGUAGGUGCAUUUGGGAACACACCACGGGUGGGCCUGCCGGGCGAGUUCGAGGCGCGACAUGUUGAGCGUGGCGUUGCUGGGGCGGAACUGCACAAUGUGUGCCUGGUCCGGCCCCGCCGUGACGGUGUAG